CAGUGGAACAGCUUGCCUCUGGAAUUUGUGGGUGCUCCAGCACAGGUUUUUAAGAAGAUAUUGGACUGAAAUGCAAUAGGGGUUUCUUGCUUAAUCAGGAGGGUUGGACUAGAAGACCUCUAAGGUUCCUUCCAACUCUUGUUAACUCUAUUCUGGUGUGCAUUCCAAGAUACCCUUGUGAUUAUGGAAUUUAUGGAUGGGCAGAAAAAAAAGGAGCUGCAUGCUACAACUCUCUUAAUUUCUCGAGUAUUUUUCAGGCAGUGUGGGUAAAAUGGGUGACUCUGACGUUAAAAACAAGCCUUGGCCAGAAAUCAAAUUUCAAACCAUUAGGCGGUUUAUAAAAUGAACGUACGAUAAUCUCAAAUACGGACGACGAUAAACGCCCCCCGCCCCCUUGGUGCCUUUUUUUCACAACUUUUAACCCCGGAAGGAAAACUCCAACCACGCUCAUUUGCUAAGUAUCCUUCCGCCUUCACGCAAACAUGGCUCCCCCUACUUUGCCCGCCUAAGUGUAUUAAUGAAGGUAUGCAGCAGCCCGUUGCGCCUAUACACCAUUACGGCUCACGCCUCACGGACGCAUGCGCACUCCGCGCGCUGAGAUCAUCGCUCCGGCCGUCCUUCAGGAUUUCCCCCUCCCUUAUCGUUCUGAUCGGAUUCCGUCACCGUAGAUAGGUUCGCUCGUUUUCCUUCCGUAAAAACUCUUUGACGUCGGGAAUUCGGGGCUAGGAAAUCUCCACGGAGAAAAAAAAAGCUCACGCGACCCUUGGGAAGCGGGGAAAAUCGGAAAAAACCCGCCCCUCUGCUGCCACCUAACGCUCGCCGGGAGACUUGCAACCGAGCCCUUCUAGCCCGCGAGGGGCGAGCGCACUAAGCGAAGCCAGACCAGCACAUGCGUGAUGAUCAUUAGAAGCGCCAGGACUACGAAGCGCAUGCUCACUUGAAGGAUGGACUGCUGAUUUGGAAAGUACUACAAACCUGGUCCUACAGCCUGGCUGGUCUGCUUUCUGCUUUAUUUAUCUAUUACUAGUUUUUUGAAUUGAACUUUUAAUAACCUGCCAGCUGCUCUUUAGACACACAUGGUGCAUUGUUGUCAUUCCCAGAAUCACAUCUUUGAAAUCCAGGACCUUGGUAACCUUCAAACAAAGAGGCGACCUCAAGGAUAAUCUCUACAGGAGGACUUUUCAAACCUGCCGCCCUCUAGUUUGUCUCCGCCUUCUUUCUAGAACAUUAUGGAACCCACAAUGGAGUCCUGCUUGAUGCAGGUCCUGCAGAAAGAUGUUGGGAAACGACUUCAAGUUGGCCAAGAAUUGAUAGAUUAUUUCUCAGAUAAACAGAAAUCUGCUGACCUUGAACACGAUCAGACCAUGCUGGACAAAAUGGUUGAUGGCCUUGCUACCUCGUGGGUAAAUUCCAGCAAUUAUAAGGUUGUCCUGCUGGGUUUGGACAUCUUAUCUGCACUGGUGACACGGCUCCAAGAUAGAUUUAAAGCUCAAAUUGGCACAGUGUUACCUAGUUUAAUUGACAGACUGGGAGAUUCAAAAGACUCUGUACGAGAACAGGACCAGGCCCUGCUGUUAAAAAUCAUGGAGCAAGCUGCUAGUCCCCAGUACGUAUGGGACAGAAUUUUGGGAGGAUUCAAACACAAGAAUUUCCGGACAAGAGAAGGAAUUUGCCUCUGCCUUAUUGCAACUCUUAAUGCAUCUGGAGCUCAGAGUUUAACCUUGAGCAAGAUUGUGCCCCAUAUAUGUAACUUACUUGGUGAUCCAAACAGCCAGGUUCGUGAUGCAGCAAUAAAUAGCCUUGUAGAAAUCUACAGACAUGUAGGUGAACGUGUAAGAGCUGAUCUCAGCAAAAAGGGAUUGCCACAGUCUCGGCUGAACAUCAUUUUUACAAAAUUUGAUGAAGUCCAGAAAUCAGGCACCAUGAUUCAGGGAGCUGGUGAUAAACAUUUUGAUGAUGAUGACUCGGUGGAUGGGAACCGACCAUCCUCAGCCAGUUCCUCAACCUCUUCAAAGGCUCCCUCAUUAUCUCGAAAAUGUGGGACGGGCACUGCUCGAAGGGUAGGAGCAGUAGCUUUAGUCGCAAAAACUCCAGCAACUAAAGAAGGAGCUGGUGCCAUUGAUGAGGAAGAUUUCAUUAAAGCUUUUGAAGAUGUCCCAACUGUUCAGAUUUAUUCUAGCCGAGACUUUGAAGAAUCCAUAAACAAAAUCAGAGAAAUCUUGUCUGAUGAUAAACAUGAUUGGGAACAGAGAGUAGCUGCACUGAAAAAAAUCCGGUCUUUAUUAUUGGCUGGAGCUGCUGAGUAUGAUACCUUCUUCCAACAUCUACGCUUGCUUGAUGGAGCCUUCAAAUUAUCUGCUAAAGACUUGAGGUCCCAGGUAGUGCGAGAAGCUUGUAUCACAUUAGGACAUUUGUCAUCGGUAUUGGGUAACAAGUUUGACCAUGGGGCAGAAGCCAUCAUGCCAACAAUCUUUAAUCUCAUUCCCAACAGUGCCAAAAUCAUGGCCACUUCUGGCGUAGUAGCUGUGAGAUUAAUUAUUCGACAUACACACAUCCCUAGACUAAUUCCCAUCAUCACCAGUAACUGUUUCUCCAAAUCAGUUGCAGUGAGAAGGCGGUGUUUUGAAUUUUUAGAUUUAGUUUUGCAGGAAUGGCAGACACACUCCCUGGAAAGACAUGUAUCAGUAUUGGCUGAAACCAUCAAGAAAGGAAUUCAUGAUGCUGACUCCGAAGCACGGAUAAAAGCCAGAAAGUGUUACUGGAGCUUCCACAAUCAUUUUAGCCGAGAAGCGGAACAUUUGUUUAAUUCACUGGAAUCCUCAUACCAAAAAGCCCUGCAAUCUCACUUGAAGAAUUCUGAUAGCAUAGUGUCUCUGCCUCAGUCAGAUCGCUCCUCUUCUAGUUCCCAGGAGAGUCUCAACCGUCCAUUGUCUACCAAAAGAAGCCCAACUGGAAGCACUACUUCACGAGCUUCUGGAAUUAGUGUGAAAUCUGCGUCAACAUCAGGGUCUCUCCAGCGUUCUCGCAGUGACAUUGAUGUGAAUGCAGCAGCCAGUGCCAAAUCCAAAGUAACAUCUUCUGGUUCAGAUUCCCCCUUCAGUUCUGCUGCAGCCCUACCUCCAGGCUCAUAUGCAUCUCUUGGUCGAAUUCGCACAAGGAGGCAAAGCUCUGGAAGCACCAGUAGUAUCACUUCAACACCUGCUGACACUCGAGGCCGCAGUCGGGCUAAAGUAGUUUCGCAAUCUCAGCCUGGUAGUCGAUCCAGCUCUCCUGGGAAGCUGUUGGGAAGUGCAUAUGGAGGGCUUAGCAGCGGAACAACUAGAGGACACCCAGUGCCAACACCAUCCUCAUCUACUGACAAACGCAGUAAAGUCCCCCGAAGUCAGGGCUGCAGCCGAGAGACCAGCCCUAGCAGGAUAGCUCUAGAACGGUUUGGGCUUGGCCAGCCAGGCAGGUUGCCUGCCUCUAUGAAUGCAAUGCGAGUUCUGAGUACAAGCACAGAUCUGGAAACUGCUGUGGCAGAUGCAUUGCUCUUAGGAGACUCCAGAAGCAAGAAAAAACCAGUGAGAAGAAGGUAUGAACCAUAUGGGAUGUAUUCCGAUGAUGAUGCAAACAGUGACGCCUCCAGUGCUUGCUCAGAGCGGUCCUAUGGUUCCCGCAAUGGAGGCAUCCCACACUACCUGCGACAGACAGAAGAUGUAGCGGAGGUUUUAAACCACUGUGCUAGUUCCAACUGGUCUGAAAGGAAAGAGGGAUUAAUUGGCUUGCAAAACCUAUUGAAGAGCCAGAGGACAUUAAGCCGUGUGGAGUUGAAAAGGUUAUGUGAAAUCUUCACACGUAUGUUUGCAGACCCCCACAGCAAGAGAGUUUUCAGCAUGUUUCUUGAAACUUUGGUAGACUUCAUCAUUAUUCACAAGGAUGAUUUGCAGGACUGGCUCUUUGUUCUUCUGACACAGUUACUGAAGAAGAUGGGUGCUGACCUGCUGGGAUCCGUGCAGGCCAAAGUGCAGAAAGCUCUGGAUGUAACAAGAGAUUCUUUUCCAUUUGACCAACAAUUUAAUAUUUUGAUGAGGUUUAUCGUAGAUCAGACCCAAACACCAAACCUUAAGGUAAAAGUGGCAAUAUUAAAAUACAUUGAAUCCUUGGCUAGACAAAUGGAUCCUACAGAUUUUGUAAACUCCAGUGAGGCUAAACUUGCUGUUUCUAAGAUUAUUACCUGGACAACAGAACCAAAGAGCUCAGAUGUAAGAAAGACCAUGCAUAGUUGGGUAGGUGAGGAUAUGCCAGCUAAACCAGCAGCAGCCUCGUCAGGUCCUGGUGAAGGAAACUUGGAAGAAAAGUGUAAACAGGCAGCACAAAUAGUCCUGAUCUCUCUGUUCGAAUUGAACACUCCUGAGUUUACCAUGUUACUUGGUGCCUUGCCAAAAACAUUCCAGGAUGGUGCUACCAGAUUAUUACAUAACCACCUCAAGAAUUCCAGCAACACUAAUGUGGGUUCCCCUAGUAAUACUGUUGGCCGGACCCCUUCACGUCAUCCUAGCAGCAGAACCAGCCCUUUAACUUCACCUACCAAUUGUUCUCAUGGAGGAUUAUCACCCAGCAUGCUGGAUUAUGACACGGAAAACCUAAAUUCUGAUGAAAUUUAUAGUUCUCUUCGUGGAGUCACAGAAGCUAUAGAAAAAUUUAGUUUUCGUAGCCAAGAGGAUCUAAAUGAGCCAAUCAAACGUGAUGGAAAGAAGGACAGUGAUAUUGUUUCCAGAGAUGAUGGUAUAGCCUCACCAGCCACUGAUGUGCGUGGAAGCAGUGAUGUGGUGGAAGGAGGAAGGAUGGCUCUGGAUAACAAGACUUCCCUGCUCAACACCCAGCCCCCACGUGCCUUUUCUGGACCCCGAGCUCGAGAGUACAACCCUUACCCCUACUCUGAUACUAUCAGCGCCUACGAUAAAACUGCUCUUAAGGAAGCCGUAUUUGAUGAUGAUAUGGAUCAGCUUCGGGAUGUGCCCAUUGAUCAUUCGGACUUGGUGGCUGAUCUUUUAAAAGAAUUAUCCAAUCAUAAUGAACGGGUAGAAGAACGGAAAGGAGCCCUUCUUGAGUUAUUGAAAAUUACAAGAGAAGAUAAUCUGGGAGUUUGGGAGGAACAUUUUAAGACAAUUUUGCUCUUAUUACUUGAAACACUUGGAGAUAAAGAUCAUUCAAUACGAGCCUUGGCAUUGAGAGUUUUGCGAGAAAUUCUGAGGAACCAACCAGCAAGAUUUAAGAAUUAUGCUGAACUAACUAUCAUGAAGACCCUAGAAGCGCAUAAAGAUUCUCAUAAAGAGGUUGUGAGAGCUGCCGAGGAAGCUGCUUCCACUCUGGCUAGUUCCAUCCAUCCAGAACAAUGCAUCAAAGUGCUUUGUCCCAUCAUUCAAACAGCUGACUAUCCAAUUAAUCUGGCUGCUAUUAAAAUGCAAACUAAAGUCAUUGAAAGAAUCUCAAAGGAGUCAUUGCACCAGCUCCUACAAGACAUCAUCCCUGGAUUGUUGCAGGGUUAUGACAACACCGAAAGCAGUGUUCGCAAAGCCAGUGUGUUUUGCCUCGUGGCCAUCUAUUCAGUGAUUGGCGAAGAACUGAAGCCUCAUCUUGCACAACUGACUGGGAGCAAGAUGAAGCUCUUGAAUUUGUAUAUAAAGAGAGCGCAGACGACCAACAGCAACAGCAGCUCAUCCUCAGAUGUUUCUACACACAGUUAAUGGAGAUCUUUGGACAUAUGUGUAGACAUAGAAACAAUCAGCUGUGCCUCUCAGAAACCCUCCCCUCAUCAGCACGCUCCAUCUGCUGAUGGAGGCCAUGCAAAUAUUUAUUGCAAUCAGUAUUUUUAGUCCUUUUAAAGCUUUUUAUUGUAGGAGAUUCUUGGAAUUGAAUAUAAGGGAAGCAAGGCCUGGAUUGCAGUUUUCAUUAAAAACAAGGUAAUAGUGUACUGUGGUUAAAUGCAUUGCAGUUACAUACUGUCUCUGCUAAGAUCUGAAGUAGUCCCAGAGAUGCAUAACACGUUCAUAUUUUAUCAAACAGAUUUCUUUGAUAUUGAUGGAGAGCUUGAAUUUAUAUUAGACUAUAUUUGUAUUAUAGUCACACUUUUAACUAGCUAUUCUAGUUCCCCCAAUUUCUCAAGCAUCGUUUUAAAACUGAGCUUAAAAGUUGGAAUGAAUUUGCAUUUGUUUUCAGACGUAAUCUAUACAGGUUAUAAAAUCAAGCCCUUCAACUAGUUUUUUUUAAACUAGAAAAAGCCAAUAACAAUCACCUGUGUGGCAAAUGUUAGGAAAAUUCAAGAAAUCCCAAGCAAAUAUGCAACAGUACAAUCUAUACAGGGCAAUGUGGUUAGUUUUGUAGAACCGAUUCAAGAGCUGCAUGGACAACUCAGUUUACAAUUUCUUCUCUGUGUAUUUCAACAUAUAUUUUUUUUCAAAAUGUUUGAAAUUGCAAACUACAUUGGUUCUAACCUACCUGACACAGCUUUACUGUUUGUUUCUUUGUUUUAACAGAACUCUGUUUUGUUACAGUGUUUAUGGUAUUCCUUCUGUGACAACAGAUUUCUGUUAGUGUGCACUGAGACUAGAUGCAUUGUAAUUGCCUGUAUACUGGUCAAGACCUAAUGUUGCUGUCAGAGAAAAGUGUCUCCUAGGAGAUAUAUGUGAAAUUCUAUUUCUGCUGCUUCGAUGUUCCAUGAGAAAAUGUUCUUUCCAAAGCUCUGAUUGGCUUCCCGGAGCUGCAACUCAGAUAACCAGGCCUUCCUUCCUUAAUAAAAUACUUCUUUCAUUUGUCAACAACGUUCCUUAGUGUGACAGUUGUUCUCUUAAUUUUCACCUUCACUGAUCAGGAGUCCUCCAGACUUUGAGUACUUCAGGAGGUAGCCUCCUCUUCCUCAUCCCAGUCAGCCUGAAUUAUUUAUAAUGGUUUUUCUGCGCCUAACAUAUCAAAUUAUUUCCAUUUUAAGAUGAUCAUACACGUACGUUGAUUAUUUUUGGCAGUGCUCAAAGGGCUAGCUUAAUCUGCAACAAUUUGCUUUCUUUUAAAGCUGUACAACUGGGGAAUGUAAGAUGUAUUUAAGUGCUCUGGGCAAAAGGAUUCUUUAGCUACUACUCUGUCCAUGCUGAUGGAAGUAGAUCUGCAUGCUGCUGGCACACAAAAAGCAAGAGCCAGAAUAGAGAGGGCUCCCUCUUUCCCCAGCACGAUUCAAGUGUGCUCAGUUGCUUUGUCUCUUGCUGCCUUCUUAGACAGGGCUUUAACUUUUUGAGAAAAACUGAUGUGAUUUCCUUCAGGGUCUUCUCCAUUGACCCAUUCCUCUUCCCUUUUCAGGCCAUUAUAUCUGAAAAUUCACACAAAUCAACCUGCCUGGUACUGGUUUGCUUAGAUGGGGAUGCGUCUGUUCUCCCAUGGCACAUCAGUGUAUCCAGGGCAGGAGUAUACAAAUAUGUGCAAUCCCUUUCACCAUCUAAAUCCUGUCCAUUCCUUAAUGUAGUGCUGAAUUAUCCGAGGCAUUGUGGCUUUCCUUUGAAAAGGUACACUGUGUGUGCUUACUGGAUUACAAUACAACACAAGACUUUUCUAUCACCUCCUGUUACCUCUCGGUAACCUGU